GGUUGUUCGUCUCCGUUGGGAAAUUAAUAGGCGUUAGCAAACACAAAAUUUCUGCAACCUCCUAAUAAUUAUAAAAUAAACCUACCGUAAGUUUAAGUUACUCUAGCCAAAUAACUUAGUGCAACGAAAUGGGCCCAGGCCCAGUCUUCAGACAUUACUGAUAAUGUGACAAUACCUUGUGUAACCUCAGUGAUUCUCUAAACCUACAAUCAAAUAAGGUUGGCAAUACUGUGCCAAGAUGCUGCCGAGCAUGCCAUCGUUGAUGACUCCAAUCAGGGAGUUAGGGGAUGACUCAAGUUCAAGCAGUGAUGAUUCACCAACUGUUAUUCCGGUUGAAAACGGUGAGAUAAACCAAAACCAUAUCAACAGUUCCUUGCCAAGCUCGGCACCCAACAAUACUCCUGAACCCAGCAGUGUUGUACCUAUUCAAACACAGGAUGAGGAACAGGCGCAGGAAAAGGCCCGAACAGCAGAAAAAAGACCAUCUACCGAGCCAACUUCAGCGCAAAAGAAGAAAAAGAAAAAGCAACAUAAGAAAAUCUUGGCUGCACUGGCGGUAGAGAAUGGGGACUUGCUUGAUGCAUCAGCUCAAAGUUUUGCUGAAGCUUAUUUUCAAAAAGUCAAAACUCGUCUGGAUGAUGAAAAAUGGGCACAGUUCGUCCAAGAACUUGUCAGUUUCGAGGAAAAACCAGAGGGUGAAAGGAAGCCUGUGGAACUCUACCGCAAGAUGGAAAUUCUCCUGAGUUCUCACACUGACCUGAUUGAUGAGUUCCUCAAGUUCCUCUUGCCUCACCAAGCACUCGAGGUCAACAGAGUCAUGGACUUCUUCAGUCUCGACAAGAUGACCGAGUUCUUUCGCAAACUCAACAUUCUCUUGAUGAAGCGUCAAGUGCGACAAGUUCACACAGCUCUAGAGUCUCUCACAUCGAGGCAGAACGUUACAUUGAUCGAUGUUAAGGAGAGUAUUCUACCUCUGAUCAAGUCCAGCCCCUUACUGACCAACUUGUUCUUGGGCCUACUUCCUGGAGAGAGGCCACCUGACAGCCUAAUGACAGAUUUUGAACAAGCUGACACCAAGGAAGAAUCAGAGUGUGAGACGAUCAUCGUACCUGAUCUUGCCGACCCUUACGGCACUGAUAAAUGCAUCUGCAGCUGUCAUCAGGCUCAGACUCGGCACUGUUUUGCUUGCGGCAUUAAGUAUCUGAAUGGAAGAGUAUACAUGCAGUGUGGAAAAUCUCUGCGGCCAGCCAUGAUCGAGUUCAAGGACAAGAAACAUCUGGAUCUGCUCAAAUGGGAGGAAGCAGAGAAAUCACGGAGCAGACGACGAUUGGUGCCUAAAACAACACAUUCUCCUGGCCUUUUCGACAAUAAACCAAAUGCAGAUUCCGAAGAAGACUGUGGAGUCAAUAAAAAGUCUCCGAGAACACCCAGGACUCGCAACUCAAAACCAAAAGUCAGCAAGAAAGAAACAAUCGAAAACAAAGAAGAAGUUUUAGAUGGGAUUUUCCCAUUGCCUGACUCAAAAGCAGAUAACAACCCACAGGGAAACGUUGACGGCGAAAUAAAACAGGGCGCUGAUGAGCACGACUGUGAUGAAAUAGUUCUGGAGAACGAUUGUAAUACUGAAGAAGACGAAGAGGAGUAUUUGAACAAAGGUGCGAAUUCUGAAAAUGAGAGCAGUAUUGAAGCUGAAGAUAAUCCGAAAGAUUUGGAAUGCAGCUUCGACGAGGAAGUGGAUGAUUUCGACCAUAGUGAAAUAGAAAUUUGUGAAACAAGAAAUGACAUAUACGAGGAAAGAUUGAAACCAAACGAAGAUAACAAUCCAAAAAGUGAAAGCUUGUCAAAGACUGCUGAUAAGAUUGCAGGAACUACAAAAGUGGAACAAGUUAAACAGACUGAGUUAGAGUCUUCAUCUAAAGAGAAAGUUGACAUUGACAUUGUGAAGGUUGAGCCAAUGUCAGUAAGCUCUGCUCAUGAUGUUAUGGAGCAAAUGAAUGUUGAUCAACCAUUUAGUGAAGCAAGUUAUGAAAUUAAAACAGAAGUUUUAGAAAUUGUUGAUGUGUGUGCUGAACAGUGUGCAGAAAAUGUGAAUCUUCAAACGCCAAGUGGAUCCAGUCAUGACGACUCUUCAUUCAAAGAGUGGACAAAAGAAGAGGAUAAAAUCAUCUUGUUGACUUUUCAACAUGAAAGUGGACUCGAGCAGACAUUCAGAACAGCAAGUCUGCAUUUACCAAACCGCACACAGGAAGAGAUCCAACAGAGAUUUGAGGUUUUACUGAAACUUCUGAAGGAGAUGUACCCUAAUAAUGAACCCCCAACAUAAUAGGUAAAGUGAUUACAAACCUUACCUGAAACCUCCAAUUGAUCUAACUAAGAAGAACCUGGCUUGCUGAGACAAAUGAUUCAAUGAUUUGCGAUUUCCUUACUUAACAGCAGUCGAAUCUGGCAGCGACUGUGGUAGGACAAUUUCUACUCUUCAUCUAAUUUGUUACAACUUGUGAACUUCAGGCAUGGGAUGUUAUGCCAAUAACUGUACUUUUCGGUUGCGUCGUAGAUCAUAAAACAUGAUCGAUGAGCGAACAGUUGGCGUACCUAAGUUGUGACCGAAGUUUUGUGUUGUAGUUCGUUCAUGUUUAAUACCAGGCAGCAAACCAAAGGUGGGAUAAAAUUAUCAGACCCUACUGUAGUUACUCAAGAAUGUUGUAGGAGGAAUGUGUUUGACAUGUAAGCUCAGUGGGAUUUUUUAUUUUUGUAACAAAUUUUAUGUAAGUAUAACCUAAUAAUUUACUCACCCUAUAUUUUCAUCGAUCACUUGGUAAUUUCUACUUCGUAUCAUGUUCAUACAGGUGUUAGUGUUUGAUGUUCGGAUAUGUACAGAAUGCCCCAAAGGGGUUUUGGCAUUUGGUUUUAUAUUACUUGGCUGAUUAUGUACCAAAAUAUGUAAAACUUCAAUUUAUAAAGUAGAUUUUGAAAAUAUUUUGUGAAAAUGUAAGCUUCUCAACGUUUGAAGAAACAAAAUGGUGGCAUACUGAACAUGUUACCGAUUUGAUAACAUAUACAGAUCUAUAAGUUAUAGCCUGAUUGGUUUACUGUGCUGUUGUUUUGGCACAUUUUUUUGACAGUUUUAUAAUUUAAAAGUACGGUAUUGCUUAAGCAAUAAAAAAUACACCUUUAAUCUUGCCAUAGGCAGUUUUACAAAUGUUACCGAACCAAAUAUUCCAUUAACAACAAUCUUUGUCAAAAAAGUAGGUAAUUUCUAAAAUUUGAGUUUCAGUUAAACCGUAAUCAAGUUUCUCAACCCCUCAUGCAGUAUUCUUUUCCAGUUUUCAAACUUCAAAUGAUUAACCUGUGUUUUAGUUUGGUGUCAAAAGUGUAAGUAUUCUCCAGUGUUUUCCAAAAUAUUUGCUGUUGUACAGUUUCUUUCUGUGGUGUUGAUUUGAAUUAUUGUUGUGUCUGUAUAUUUAUUUUACAUCACUUCUAUUGUCUAUAUAAGUUUUAACAUUUAUAAUGUUGUUAAUAAACUUUAU